GUGAAUCAAUCAAUUGUUUGACUUAUCAACUUCAAUCACACUCAAGAACAAGACCCAAUGAAGAAACGCCACAUGAGUGAAUGAAACACGUUCCAUCCGCCUAUGAAAUAGCACACUAUAACAUGAAAUUCACAUCAACAUCAAUCACAAACUUUCAUACAAACUCUCACAAUUAUAUUAACCAUAUGCACAUGUGCAUACACACACCCUUCCUUAACUCUAACGACUCCCCCAACCGCCCACGUUACUCACACACGCAUAUUCCUCUCUCCUUAUAAUAUCUCUCUCACUCUCAAUUUCCUUGAUUCAUCAAUCCCAAUAUCACAGCUAUCUAAACAAAUGUUCCAACAAAGACAUAACAAUAGUACUAGUAACGAGCUAGAUCAGAUGUUGCAUAUGCUAUCUUCUUCUUCAUCUUCUAAUCCUAUGCCAUUCUCAACAACUUUAAUGGACCAGUCAAAUUCGAAAUGGAAACCACACGUUGAAAUAGCUCCGAAUUGUCCUCGCUGCGCUUCGACAAACACCAAAUUCUGUUACUACAACAAUUACAGCCUCUCGCAGCCGCGGUAUUUCUGUAAAGGCUGUAGGCGUUAUUGGACGAAAGGUGGCUCUCUUCGAAAUGUUCCAGUUGGCGGUGGCUGUCGCAAACACCGCCGUGGAAAGGUGGUCAGAAACUUAAAUACUGACCACCUUUCCACGGAUGGCUCUGGUUCUGUUGAUGGUGAUCAACAGAAUGGAAAUAAUGUUUCACGCGAUAUAGACAUGGCCGUUGUUUUCGCCAAAUUCUUAAACCAAAACACAAGUAGUCAUCUUGGUGGUGAUCGUGAGGAAAUUGAAACUGAGAGUGAGGCUAACAAUAAUGUCUUAUCAUCUUCUUCCAACAAUACCAACAAUUUGUCGACACCGGACAGCGUUGAAACUGAGAAUGAUGCAGUGGUCCAGCCUCAAAAUUCAUUUGAUGCUGAUGCAGUGGUUGUAAAUGAUGACCCUUUUGAUCAUGAAUUGAGCUUGAGUGAGUUUGACGGGUUUCUGGGUGUUGAUGAAGAUGUGGUUCAAGAUGUUCUAUGGCCUGAUUCUUCUGAUGCUAUGCCUAUGCCUAUGAUGGUGUCAACAUGGCAACAAGAACCACCAACCAUGAUGCAAAUGGAGAUGGAUUACUCGAUGCCAUUACCAUUGCCAUUGAAUGAGGGUGAUAAUCAUCAUGAACUAUUACCUGUUACUAUCAAUUCAAAUUCUGCUAGUGUCAAUUUGAUAACUGAGAGUUGGAACACUUCUUGGGAUUCUUUUGAUCUUUCAACUAUGGAAGUUUUCUCAACGAGUUCAAGAAGUUAAACAAAUUAUUAAUUAAUUAGAAUCGAUUUUCCAGAUAUACAUAUUUUGUUUUAAAUGUUGUUUUAUAUAUUAUUCUUCCUAUUAUUUCAAACAGGGUAAUGAAAUGUAUGAUAGAGAGUUAUUUACAGCUGCAUUCUAUUUUGAAGUAGAAAAUUAGAAUGCUAGCUAUAGAAAUUAUUUAUGAUGGAUGGAUAUACAUCAAAUAAAGUUGUGCUUCAUAUGA